CGUGUCUGUAUUUGAGCACAGCAUCUGUGAAACUGAAAAGUUUAUUUUUAUUGCAACUGAACUAUAUUUAUACAUUUAUACGAUUGAUGUACACCUCCCUCAAUCUUCAUGCGGUUGCUGCAGUAUCAAGAAGGCGAUCUAGAGACAGGCGUGUUGGUCAACAUUUUAGGAUAUAGGUUCUGGGAAACAGACCGGUACGAGGGACCGAGAGCGUGACGCAUUCAGAACGCGUGUGAGAUUCAAAGAUAGAGAGGAAGCAUUGAACCCGUUUGUCUGGAGCCCCGAUCGGAGUUCACCCCGCACUGAAGCAGACUCAGGACAGAGGUAGGACCGGCCAUCAUGUUUGGACAAAGUAGGAAAAAUAGGUGGCCAAACUUCGACGACCGUCAGAGCGACGGAGAUAGAGACUUCCAGGAUUAUACCAUAUACCCUGAUACAAGGAACACGGAACCAUUCUCCGACCAUCUCGCCAAGAUGAGCCUACCAGGUCAGAGGUACGCGUACCAGCCCUACAGUCAACCAUUCUCCCAAUCCUUCCCCGAGGAACGCGCUGUGGUCUCACAACAAGGCUUCGGCAACAUGGAGAUUCCCGCGUAUAGCCGCAACGUCAGGAGCUACACUCUGCCCCACCGGAGGGGAACGCGUGAACAGAAACCGAUCAUGAUCAUUCCUCCAAAGAAGGAACCCAAACUGAUAACGAUGGAGGUGAAUCAGGAGCCAGAACCAAUUUUCAUAAUGCCCCCACCUCCCCCGAAACAAAAGGUCAUCGAGUACGAGGUUCCUGUGAGGCCUAAGACCCCGGAGCCUGUCCUGGUGCCCGUGAUGCCACCUCCCAAGGAGCCCGAGUAUGUGACGGUGAGGCAUGUGGUAGAGGAACAACCCGACGGUACCAACUGGAUGGUGCGACAACCCGAGUACAACAACAAGCUUCCUCCACCAGUCGUUUCCAGGUUGCCGGAUGAUUAUGAAAGAAGGUCCAAAUACAGCGACACUCUUCUCGGCGUUCGACGCACCAUCCUGUGGGAUUUCGUCAUCGCCAGCUUUGUCCUCUUCGUGAUCAUGCUCCUCAUCGCCAUCUUUGUUGCUGGCUUCCUCUCCUAGACGACGUCAAGAACCAGUUCUAGACGUCUCAAGUCUACUUCUGUAACAAAGGGCUGGAAAUACUUUCCUAUCUGAAUUCUGACCAACCACCUCGUACUCAUCAUAUUCCACAGCAGGGCGUGUCUUCGGAAUACGUCACAUACAUUUAUAUUACCCAGGAGGUGGAACAGCCCAGUGGAUAAAGCGAUUAAUUGUCUGAGUUCGAUUCUCCACACGUGUACAACAUACUUUAUGUCCCCGCCUCCACAUCGCUGCAGUUUUG